CACAAUGUCAGAAGGCCGCCAUCUUGAAUGUUCGCAUAUAGCCUUCGCUAAGAAAAAAUUGCGAAAUUUCAUCGAAAUCAAAGCUCUAAAUGAAACAAACGCCCGAGCAACUGCAAAGCAAACUACUCGGAGCGUUGGAUCAUGACUACGAAGUUCAAGACAUACCAACCGUCUUGGAAGUCGUGUCGAUUUUGGAAAAGACUUCAAUUACAAGAGAUGAUUUGGAGCGAACCAGGAUGGGCUUCCACAUUAAUAAGUUGCGAAGGCAGUCGCAGAAGAAUCAUAAAGAAUUGUCGAAGAGACUCAAGCUAUUGGUUAAAGAAUGGCAGAAAUUAUUACAACCAUCCGCCGUGGCUAACGGGAUAAGUAAAAAACCCACUAGCCCGGCUGUACAGCCAACAUCACGGAGUAACAAUAGUACUCCCACCAGCAAUGGUAUUACUAAACCUAUUCCUAAAUUGACUAUUUCGAUAUCUCGGAAACGGCCUGCUGAUCAGGAAAGCAAUGACGUUCCCAAUAAAAAAGUGCUGCUUUCAAAUUCAACUUCUCAACCCCCAUCUCCUGCUGAUACUACAUCUUCAGGUGGAACAUCUACCGCCGUAAAAACGUCAUCUGUUAAUGGUGUUCCAAAUCGACGAACUGUUCAAUCGACAGCUGAAUUAGUAGCAGGCAUUAGAAAUUUAUCUGCUAGUAAUUCAACUGUCAAACGAAUUAGAAAUAAUUGCAUAGAGAAGGAACGUGACGAAAAUAUAUCAAUUGUUCCUCCCGGUGCUAGACCUAGACCAAGAAAACCCCCAAGAAACGCACAUUAUACUCCUCCACCCGCAACUACACAAGCCGUUCUUGCAGAAAAGCAGAGAAUGAUUGCGGAAUAUGUACAAUCCUCGCCUUCUCGACCUCCAUCCGGUUUUUCAGAUUCUAUACGAGACGAAACGCCUGUACACAGUCCUCAGGAAGAGGAUGAGAGUACACCUUCGCCAAAAGAGGGAGAAGUGAGAGUUCCCUCACCAGAGCCGAUUGAUCCCUUUUCACUGUUACCCCCUGUAGAUUUUUCUGUUCUAGAUGAUAAUGUCGGAUGUGACGACACAUUACCGAUUACUGAACUUGAAAAUGAUCGGGGACAAUUUGACUACCGAGGUGAGUGGAGAAACUGGACUCAAAUCGUUUCAGUGAAAUCGAAUGAAGAUAAACUAUUACAUUUGUUUCCUUACGUUGAUAUCGAUUAA